UUGUGUCUUUAUUUGUCCUGGACUCACUUCCACUCAACAAACUGGAACCCUCCAAACCUCUAGCUUGGUGCUGAAAAGACCCUGGGAAGGACAUAAAACUAUCUGAAUCCUCUGGCUAGAGAAACAGAACACAACGGCAUAAGCAGUCUCACUACAUUGUUCCUGCUUGACUUGAGCUUUCAGUGCAACAUCUGUGUCUCAGGAGGAGAAUUCUAGGAGGCCUUCACUCCCGGCCCAGCUGCUCCCUAUUUUGACCCUUUUUGUUUGAAAGACUUUUUUUUUUUCCAAGCAUAAUUUUACCAAACCAAUUUUGUUCAAGUCUGUUUUGAAGAACUGGGUCUCAGACUCGGUCAACAGUUUCACUGUUUUAUUUAGGAAUGUGACUCAUUUAAGACGGUGGUUUUCUUUUCAUUUACCUUUUGACUAAUUUAUAACCAUAAGAUAUAUUUUAAUAACUCAGUAUUAUAGUAAUCUGCAACAUAUUUUCUAAAUAUACUUCAAACCAUAGGUUUUUUGUUUGUUUGUUUGUUUUGUUUUGUUUUUUCGAGACAGGGUUUCUCUGUAUAGCCCUGGCUGUCCUGGAACUCACUUUGUAGACCAGGCUGGCCUCGAACUCAGAAAUCCACCUGCCUCUGCCUCCCAAGUGCUGGGAUUAAAGGCUUGCGCCACCAUGCCCAGCUGAUAGUUUCCUUUUUUUUUUUUUUAAAGAUUUAUUUAUUUAUUUAUUAUAUGUAAGUACACUGUAGCUGUCUUCAGACCCUCCAGAAGAGGGCAUCAGAUUUUGUUACGGACAGUUGUGAGCCACCAUGUGGUUGCUGGGAUUUGAACUCGGGACCUUCAGGAGAGUAGUCGGUGCUCUUAACUACUGAGCCAUCUCGCCAGCCCAUAGUUUCUUUUAAAAAGCAGAUUAACAGUUGAUUUGGUUGCAUUGUAAUUUGAGCAUUUACAAAAAAUUUUGCUUUAACGUCAUUCUUUGUUUUUAAAUUGUAAGGCAUAUCUUUAUCUUUCCAGUUCAGAAAUUCCUGUUUUGGUUGGUAACUGAGACUGCCUGUAUUUUUGGCUUUUGAUGUAUUAGAAAUUUUUGACUACCCCAGACAUAUUUAUUUAAAUCCUUUGUUUUUGAAAGUAAUUUAUUAUCUAUUUUUGUUUUUGCUGUUUGAAUACUGUUUUAAAUAUGUGAGUAAAUUAAUCUUUCUUCUUUUGAUGGGUGUGUUUUUCCUUUGUAGACUAAAAUGUCAAAAAGAAAAUGGCUCUGUUAGCCCAACAGUUACCCAGACGGUUCAACUCAGUUAAGUUGACUAGCUUCAUUAAAGCCAAACAAGUCACCAAACGCUCUGCAAGAGCAGGAAAAGCCGUGUUGCCCGGCUUCUCAGCUCAGCCUCUGCUCUCCUCUGACACGAGCUUUCUCCGGCGGGGAAUUAAGACUUACAGGACUUUGUUCUGGAAUCGUUUCCAUUCUGCCAGCACAAAUAGGACAAAGAGUUCUGCCGAAAGCACUCUGCUUCCUUCAGUGGCUGAACAGCAGGAGAGGAUACUUAGUCUUGAAUCAGAGCUGCCUCUUGAAGAAGUGGAUGACCUGCCUCCAUUGUCUCCGUUACAGUCAGUUUCAGAGGAGGAGGCUAUUCAGAUUGCUGCGUACUCUCCGCUGCCCAUCUCCUCCUUCACACUUGCAGAUUACGUAGACCAUUCCAAGACUCUGCAGAAGCUAGUGCAGCUUGGAGUGGAUUUGUCUAAGAUAGAAAAACAUCCAGAUGCAGCCAACCUCCUUCUAAGGCUGGAUUUUGAAAAGCACAUUAAGCAAAUACUGCUAUUUCUUAAAGAUUUGGGUUUAGAAGAUAACCAGCUGGGACCAUUUCUGACAAAAAAUUAUGCUAUUUUCUCUGAAGACCUUGAAAACCUUAAGACCAGAGUAGCUUAUCUACAGUCAAAAAAUUUCAGUAAGACAGACAUUGCACGGAUGGUCAAAAAUGCACCAUUUCUGUUGAGCUUCUCCGUGGAAAGACUAGAUAACAGACUGGGAUUUUUUCAGAAAGAACUUGAACUGAAUGUGAAGAAGACUAGAGAUCUGGUUGUUCGCCUUCCAAGGCUACUAACAGGAAGUCUGGAGCCUGUGAAGGAAAACAUGAAGGUUUAUCAUCUUGAACUUGGUUUUAAACAUAAUGAAAUUCAACAUAUGGUCAUCAAGAUUCCUAAGAUGCUAACUGCAAACAAAAGAAAACUUACAGAGAUUUUUGAUUAUGUACACAAUGUGAUGAAUAUUCCCCACCACAUCAUCGUCAAGUUUCCACAGUUAUCACAUUGUAUCGACUUUUGGUCACUGGGAAAGAGGCCUAGAAGUAUCUGCCCUAUGGAGUGUCUCAUGGUUUCUGAAAUACAGCCAAGAGAAGGGCUUUGGUCCACCUCUUCAGCAGCCCCAGAUCCCCAAGCUGCAGCCAUCAUUCCAGUGUGGGGGCCUUCUCCUCUUGCCCCUUCAUCUACACAACAGCAGGUUCCAGGCAUGUAGCCAGCUCAUGGUUCCUUUGUCAAAUGUCUGUGCUCUCCUUAGUCCUUAGGGAUUUUUAACAUUAAAAGGCAUAAAAGGGUUCAGCCUCAUUUUAUUUUGAUUUUUAGUGGGCAGGUACCACAAUUUAAAAAUCAAAACAGAGACACUUUAAUACUUCACAGAUGAUGAAAUCCUUUUUGCUAACACAUCUUAGUCAUUAGUGUUGGUUCACAAACCUGACAGAUAAUCUAAACUCUAAAUAGCUUGUUAAAAGAAAUUUCUGGGUCUCAUUCUCAAGGUACGUAUGAGGUGGCUUUGGGGCAACUCCUGAGGCUUUACCUUCUAACUCUUGCCUGUGUCUCAGGAGUCAGCAUGUUGGCUGCCCUCCAUGAAAACCUUCUUUCAUUAUCAUUCUGUGUUAGUUUUUAGUCCCUUUUAAAUAAGAAUUUACCUUCUUCCUUUAUUUUUUAAAAGAUGGGCUCUUGCCCUAUAGCCCAGAAUUUCUAUCCAAUACCUCAGGUUGUUUGGAACUCAGUAUGUAGCCCAGGCUGACUCUAAACUUAAUACUCCUGCGUCAUGUUACCAAGUUCUGUGAUUACAGGUGGGCACCACCAUGUCUAACUCAUCAUUUGUUAUUUAGUAAUGCUUACAAGUGUGCUGGGAAUCAAACGUACAGUGUCACUAACUUAUUAAAAUAGUUGACCAUGUAAGUUUGUUAGUAUUUCAGCUUUUUAUUGUAAAUUUCUUUCUUUUCCAGUUAUUUAACACAAGAGUGUUUAAAAUUAAAGAAAGACACUUGUUUCUUGCCUACCUGGGAAGAGCACAGUAUGACCCAGCAAAACCUAACUAUGUUUCUUUGGACAAGUUCGUAUCUUUUCCUGAUAAAAUAUUUUGUAAAGAGAUUGCCAAAGCUUCACUAAAUGAUUUUGAGAAAUUCUUAAAAACGCUUUAGUUUUUGAUGAAUGUUUAAAUAUAUUCUUGUAAAUAUAUAUAUGAAUAAAUGUAUUUUUAAAAUAAAUGUUUCUGGUUUCAAUAUUACAAUCAUUUUUCUCAUAAUUCCCUUUUUUGGGUAACUUUUUGGUUUGGUUUUGGGCAUUUUUUAUUUUAAUAGGAAAAUUGUAUUACUUUCCUUUCUUCCUUCCAUACCCACCCUGGUACCUCCUCUCCCAUCCCUCUCAUACCCUGCCUCGGGUUGAUAGCUUCUUUUUAUUACAGUAGUUAAGUGCACAUAUACAUUUAUAAAUGUUCAUGCGCAAAUAUAUAAAUACAGUCUUCUGGUUAU